AUGGGCAACAUUUGCGGCAAGCAAGAACCCGAGGAUAGGCUGGGUCCCGGUCGCCGUCUAGGCUCCGCGCCACCUCAAGCGCAAACGGCAGCGGUCCCCAAAGCAAAGACGAAGCAGACAUACCAGAGCGAGGCCCGCGUGGUCGGCGGCAGCGGCGCUGGCAGCAACGAAAGCCCUCGCGCUGGCCAAAAUACAGGACAAGCCGCGCGGGAAGCGCGAGAAAGAUGGAGUGCAAUGGAGGACAAGAGAAAGGAGCAAGAGGCGCUCAAGAGGAAAAAGGGUGGCGCAAGAGUACUGACUCAGAAAGAGGUUGCGGCGCAAGAUAGACGCAGGCAAGAGAUUGAGGCGAAUGAGAGGCAGGUUCAGGGACGGAUCGACUGA